AUGAUGAACGCUAUCUGAGCCCAUUGGGUUACAAAGUUUUUACGUAUUAUCCCCACAGAUGGAAGAAAACAAAGAGAAAUAUUCUUUCUCACAGUUCGGUUGUUAGAUCGGCUGAACAGUAUAAUUCUAAUUCCAGGGCAGUAGAUCUGUUUUCUGGCGCCGGUCUUUCAGCACAGGAUGCUCUUUGGCGUGAGUUGGACGACGAAGAUAGUCGUAGCACGUGGGCGACAAAUCCUGUGUAUGAUAUCGAUUCUGAGGGUAGCGAAUUAGCCGACGAAACAUACGGAGGUCGACGCAAAAAACGAAGAACAAGGACACCACGGUCUCUGCGGCCAAACGCAACCCCAAGCUCAACUGCAUCCACUGGUCGUCGACGUGCCGCGGCUAACGUGUAUUACACCUCCUACACCAAUGGUGGUACACCUCUCGAUGAUGACUCGAACGACAAGUUUUCAAACCCACAGUUUAUUUGCGACGUGUGUGGCAUGCGUUACAAAACUAAAACAGGACUCAAUUACCACUAUAAUUCUCAACACGUCAACAACAAUCCUCAGUCCAAGAAACUUGGUCGACCAGAACAACUUUCAACGCCUAAAAAUAGCCAAUCCCUUCUGCAGACCUCGGUUAACACUGGCCUUCUUUCUGCCCUAAUUGAAAACACUCCAUCCGAAAGGGAUCGCAUCGUCAAUCGGUCAAAUUCUUACAACAGCAAUAGCCGGAAUUUACCAAGCACAAUAAUCGAAGCCGGUCAUCGCAAACCCUCGGAUGGGACGGCAGAGGGGUGCGAGGGGGACUCGUGGACCUGUGACUUCUGCCUGGGCGAUGAGUCGGAGAACAAGAAGAGGCCCGGCGGACCCGGUCCGGAGGGCCUUGUCCGCUGCUCCGACUGCACCCGCUGCGCCCACUUCUCGUGCCUCCAAUUCACCCCCAACAUGAUCACCUCGGUGCGGGGCUACCAGUGGCAGUGUCUGGAGUGCAAAACCUGUUGGCUUUGCGGCACCUCCGAGAACGAUGUAAGCUUUCUUGCCAACUGCACUAAUUUGGCCAUCUGCGUCACCUGUUAUCCCAUGCCGAUUCGACACCACUUCGACUUGAGGCUGGAGCAGAUGCUGUUCUGCGACGACUGCGAUCGCGGUUACCACAUGUUCUGCCUGAGUCCCCCACUUUCCGAACCGCCCGAAGGG